AAACGCUUUGAAGAAAGCAAGUGGCAACCAAACAAAAUAAUGAGCUUUAAAAUAAGCCCAGGUGAAAGGAUCAUUUAAUGUUUGGGUGAUAUUUAGCCACUAUCUAGCAAAACAAUCGAAAAAUUGAAAUCUACAUCUCUCAGAUCGGUUUGUGUAAUUCAUUGUUUCAUUUAACGGCCUCUAAAUUGCUAUAUUAUUGUAUUACAGAUAAGAUGUUGACCACUGUUCGUGAUCAGCCAACAGUGAAGAGAAUGUAGGUGGAAAGAAAUCUGAAGGCAUCUCCGAUAAAGUAGCGCAGGAGUCGGACGUGGCGAAUAAGAAAUGUGAUAUACCAGACACGAUGGCAACCACAGGUUGUGAUCAAUCGAACAGUAAUGGAAAAGGAGAUGGAAAGAAAUCUGAAGGCAUCCCUGAUAAAGUAUCACAGAAUUCAGACAAGGCGAAUAAGAAACAUGAAAUACCAGAUCAGAUGGCAAACACAGGUUGUGGUCAAUCAACAGCCAACAGCAAAGGAAAUGAAGAUGGAAAGAAAUCUGAUGGCAUCUCUGAUAAAGUACUAGAAAAGUUGGACGACGGGUAUAAGAAACAUGGCAUACCCGGUAUAACUGAUUGCGUAAAAGCACACCUGAAUGAUUGGAAAUCAGGUUCUCUAAAUAUUGCUAUCGUAGGAAAUAGUGGGGUUGGGAAAUCAAGCUACAUAAAUGCCUUACUUGGUUUGUCAGCUGAUGAUAAGGGGGCUGCACCAGUUGGAGUGGUUGAAACAACUGUCACUCUUACACCUUUUUCGCAUCCUGAAAACAAAAACUUAACAUUGUGGGAUUUGCCUGGGGUAGGAACUCCAAAUUUCCCCAAAGAUGGCUAUCUUCAGAAAAAAAACUUUAAAAAAUACGAUUUCUUUCUGGUAUUGACAGCAACCCUAUUCACAGAGAAUGAUAUUUGGUUGGCACAAAAGAUAAGUGAUUUAGGAAAGAAAUUUUAUUUUAUCAGAACUAAAAUUGACUUGGACAUAUCAAACGAUCAGAUUGCCCAUCCUAAAACCCAUACAAGGGAUAAUGUCAUACAAACAGUACGUUCAGACUGUAUUAACAAGUUGGAACAUCAAAAAUUUACAAAUCCUCGCGUCUUCAUCAUCAGCAAUUUUGGUGUGACCGAGUUUGACUUCGGGAAAUUGUCAGAAUGUCUAAUUCGGGAUGCUCCUGACUUCAAAAGGGAAGCAUUUACUCUAUCAUUAAGCGUUCUCACCGAAGAAAUUAUCAGAGCCAAAGAAAAGUAUCUAAAGAAAAGAAUAUACAUUGUUUCGAUUGCCUCGGCUGCAGCUGCUGCUGUUCCAAUACCAGGCGUAGGCUUUACUGUCGAUGUAUCAACUCUUCUUGAAGAAGCACUGUUCUACCGAAAGCAACUGCGACUGGAUGAUGCGUCAGUUGAAGAAAGUGCCGCAGUUUUGAAUAUUUCAGUCACUGAGUUGAAGAAAAGAUUAAAUUUACAAAGUCAGCUUAUUUCAUACACGACAAGAGGUCUUCUUGCAUUCUUCGGUUCCCUGGGAAUAUCGAAACUUUCCGAAAACAUGUUAAAAGUAGCACUUCCGCUCAUCGGUUGCUUCAUUGCUGCCAGUAUGUCCUACGGAGUUCAAGUGUACUGUUUAAAACAACUGUUGGAUACAAUGGUAAAUGAUGCAUUGAAGAUCAAUGAAGAGAUGAAUGUCAUCUUUGCCAGCAACACCAUUUAAGAGAUACACAAAUUACUGAGACACAAACUGGUGACAACAAUGACAACAACGAAACUAAGAUUUAGUAACCGUAAAAUAACGCAUUUGUUUGUGGACUCUAUGACAUGUAUUAAACACGUACAAUGAUUCUAAAUUUAAUGUUUAAAUGUUAUGAUUUGGAAUCACCCAUGUGAUUCACAGGUUAAAUACAAUAAUUUGGUAUAUUUGAUAUAUUUGUGGGUUUACAAUAGUUUUCGAAUGGAAAAGUGGGAUAAUCAUUUGAUGAAUGUGUUGAACAGGUUGUGGUUAUCCUAACGUAUUAAAUAAAUAAUCUUUAAUGAAUCGAAAACAAGUAAUCCUAUAACAUUUUUAUUCAAAACUAGUUUGUCCUUCAGUUGGGAUAGAAUUGUUUACAGUUUGCAGAAUUUCCAUAAAGUUUUGUAGAUCAUAUAUAGAGUGUAUACAACAUUAAUAUAUUUUCAUACUGAAUUCAUUAAACGAUUUAAAUACAAUAAAAAAGCAACGUUUUCUAUACUUAAAACACCGUCAACGUCAAAAUGGUAAUACAUGUGUAUUAAACUAGAGUAAUAUAAAAAUAUGUGAUGGCUUCAUUUAACCGACACGAUGUUGAAUAAAUGGUAAAUAGUAUUAGUUAUCUCUGUUUUCAGAAAGUUAUGUAUUGUUUUAUAGUUCACGACUGAUGGAACACCGGAGGGAGGGCUAUAGGAAUGCCCUCGCUCCGUCUGCCUGUUCGAGCUUACAUUUGCAUAU